UGUGCAUCCAAUGUCAAAAUCCUUUUUAGUACUAAUAUUAUGAUGUGUAACGUAUACAUUCAACAUGCUAGUACUACAGAAAGCAAUAGUUAAUGUAAUACAUUAAGGGAAUUGUAUCUCCUCAGCAGAUGUGCUGGAGUUCAAACCGUGCCCACUUGUGAGCCUGGCAGAAGGGCAGGAUGGGGUACCCCCUGGUAGACGCUGUUAUGAGGCAGCUGUGGCUCACUGGCUGGAUGAAAAACUACGUGCAGCAUGUGGUGGCUUCCUUCCUCGUCGCUUACCUGCACCUUCCCUGGCAAGAGGGCUAUCGCUGGUUCCAGAGCAGGACACACUUUUUGGAUGUUGCUAUAGAUGCCAUGAAAGGUGGCAUGUGUAGCCUGAACUUUGUCAUGCAUCCUGUCUCUGCGGCGAUGACCUGCGACCCCUUCGGAGCGUUUGUGUGAAAGUGGUGUCCAGAGCGGUCAGGGCUGCUGAUGAAUCAUCCACACAGGCAGUGCCCCACCUCACUACUGCACAGAGCUGAGGAGGGUGUGGUCCUGGAUCAGAACUACCCAGCAUAGAUUGUGACUGACCUGCGGGCCCAGCCUCUGCAGUACUUUGCUCUAGUGUGGCAGCAGUUUGCUCUGGAUUAUGUUGACAAGCGGUCAGGCUGUGAUCUGGUGCCAGUCCCUAAGCAGCUGGUGGGGCAGGCUCUGGGAGGGGGAGAGCUGGUGAAGAGAGGGGGGCGCUUCCUCCUGCCUGUCACCACACGUAAAAAGUUCCAGUACCAGGUUCUGGACCCGGCCAAGAUCAACCUCUUCAACUCAGUGCUGAAGGGCUAAGUCAGCCACAAUAAGGACGAGACUGUGGCAUUCAUGUACGAGCGAGACUGCAUGGCCAGCGGGCUGAGUGAAAGUACCCACAGGCUAGAGGGAUAGGAGAGGGACCAGCGCGCCCUGGAGGGGCUGCCUCGCCCCAGAGAGCCAAGAGGAAGAGGAGGACCUCCAGGCAGGACCCCUUCAACAUGGACAUGGUUGUCCAGCCGGGCUCACCCACUUCAACAGUUGAGACAGGAGAAUACCUACUUUUGUUUUUCCACUUUUUAUAAGCGGUGU